AUGGAAUCAACGAGUGACGAAGAAGAAGAAUGCCUCAUUCAAACGCCGAUGAAUUCCUUGCAUUUUCAAAGCUCGUGUUGCGCGACAAAACAGUACAAAAGAAGAAACUCGCUUCAGGGAAUUUUUGAAAUGAUGGGGAAGAAAAACUCUGUCGCCAAAAUCAGCCCUUUGAGAGGAAGAAUGUCUCGAAGGAGCUCAGAAGUUAUUAUCUCCGCCAAAAAGGGAUGGGGAAUCGUCAAGGACAAAAUGUUGACUCCAGCUGCACUUGGACAGAUGAAUCAACACGCCGGCGCAAAUUAUUCACGAAGCCGUUUUUUGAACACGGUGAAUUUGGUGACUGAGCGUAACAAUUCAGAUAGGCAGGUCAUCACGGAGACGCAAGUCAAGGUCGUUGAUUUGACCAAAUUGGAUGAGGCUGAAAGAAAGGGUGGAAAACAGCUAAUGAGAAUGCUGGCGAUAGGCUGUGAAAAUCACAACCUAAAAUUAACCACUGAAGGCCUCAAAACCGACAACCAAAAGUCCAAAACCCUCCUCAAUUCCUCCACAACCAUCAACUGGGCGGACGUUGUCGGCCUCGAAAUAAAAUUCGCCGUCUACGAAAAAUUCGAAAAGACGUACCUCUGCCUCUCGAUCUUUGGAGCCGCGCUGGGGAUUCUGACAGUGAAUUGCUCGCUGGUUCAGUUUUUGGACUCGGCGAAUUUUUUCAGCCGGCUGAACUCGUUCCAGAUUGAGACGGAGGAAAUGAUCACGGCGGGAGAAUUGCUGAAUGAGACGAAAUCCCUGCUUGAUUAUAUUAAAUUAACGACGCCUUUGAAUCAACGCACUGCCGAAAUUACUCUUAGCCAAAUCUCAAAAACACUCGCUCCUGCUCUUCCAAAAAUCGACCCCAGAACUCUUCUCGAUCUUUUGGACCCUCUUUUCGAUCUGACAUUGCCAACACCCAUUUUUCUGCAAUUCCUCGCCCAGAACAUCGAAGACCUUCCUCCCAACAAAACGCUUUACAAAAACAUCCUCAUCGCGGGAAUCAAGAAAACUGGCGGGCUCGACGAAGGAACGGAAUCAAACGAGUUUUUCCGCUGUUUUUUGAAGAUGAAGGUCAAGAGCCCAGUUGGCUUGCCCGACAUUGAAGAACUCUUUGAAGAGGUGCAUGGUCCGGCAUACAACUCGCCGCAGAAACGCUCGAUAUUCAACUUGACAGCGUUUCUAACCCGGCGAAUCGACCUUUCAUAUGGACUUUACGACUCGGCGCUAAUAAGCCAAUAUUUAGAUAUGCUUAGACUCGCGGCUAAAUACAGUGAUUGGCGCGUGACAGUAGCAGGGGUAGUAGGAAAAACCGCUUUUCCGGAUCACGUGACGAAUAAUCCAGCUUUCUUUACUUUGCUUGCCGCUCUUGUAGAUGAUGACAGGGCCGAUGUUCUUAUGGCUAUAUGCUCGUCCACUUAUUUCGAGGUUAUCAACAAUUCUUCAAAAAAGCUUUUUGUGACGACGGCAAUCAAGUUUUUUCUAUCGAAAGCUGACAACCGAUCAUUUCUCAGAAAAUGUCUCCGACGACAUCUGGAUCUCUUGACAAAUGAGUAUUUGGCGAAUCGAACUGAUGAUUUUGCAGCAAUGAUGCGAAAAAUCUUCAUAAUCGGGUUAAAAAGCGAAGUGCACAAAAAUCGUGUUCAUGAAAUGCUCCUGCUUUUUCCGAAAAAUGACCCGGUCAAGAUGGAUAUUGAAAACUGGCUGGAGAAGUCGAAAAAGCAAAGUGUCUCGAAACUUGUUCUGCCAAAUAUGUCAACAGAUGCUUGUUUGGACUCGGUGAUGCUGAACUUGGAUGGAUUCAGGGAUGUGAAAGAAUUUCAAGCGCCAUUUUCUAACUUGACAAGUAACUCAACGAGUCACCUAAUACUACUGCCAAAUCUUCAAAUUGUGAAUCUCGCCCAUACAAAAAUUUGCGACGAAGGCCUGACCCAACUUUCUGAACUCUGUGAUCUCCAAGAAUUAGAUCUCUCGGAAACAAAAGUGACCGACUUUGGCGUCAAGCAUCUUUUAUCAAUGAGCUCGCUGACGAGAUUGAGCUUGACGAGCACGAAAGGGAUCAAAUAUUUGUCCAAUUAUAAGCUCUUCGAUGAGAGAUAA